GGGAGAGCUAUUUUUUCAAGCAUCGUUCAGCUAAUUUAAUUUCCCUUGAUUUAAAAUAUCAUCAAAGAUUGAACUGCAAAACAGAACUAGCUUGUUGGCCCUGUAACAACAGGUGCUUGUAGUUAGGAGUGCUUAUCCUGUGGGGACAGUUGGCAUAAGAUGUGGAGCUGUUUGAUUGUAAGUUCUUUUUAAAGCCCUUACCCUAUGGAGAAGGUAAGGUAGGCUACCCUCUGGUUUAUUGCAGGGGAAAAACAUAAGCAGCACUAUUUGGUGAAGAGUAGCCAGCUCAUUGGAACUCUGUAUCUACAUUUACACUGCCAUUAGUUAUAGUCAUGACCCUAAAGCUGAUUUCUAGAAAUGGCUACGGUAAUUUUAAGAUCCCAUCCAUUCGUCUUUUUUUGCCUGUCUGCUUUGGCUUUAUCUGACGCUUUUGUAACUCACUUCAUCUUGCUAAACUUGUGGAAAGCUAAACCAUAAAAUUACGUCAAUUUUCUGAGCUGAAUUGCACAUAGUACCAGUGUGAACAUAGGAGUCAUGUGAGCUUGGAAGUACUGUAGAGGUUGGGAAGAAGGGAUAAAAGCCUGUUAGGCCAGCAGAGGCUGAAGAGCAGAAAUUAUCCCUUUUGGUGGCAGUCAACAAGUUGACUCAAACAUCUUAUGAAACUUCACCCUGAGACUUUAUUUCCCACCUAGAAUAAAGUUCAGUUGCUUUGCAGUUUACUAAUUAGUAAUUUUAAUAUGGAACAGUAGUGCUAAACCUGAAAUGUCUGAAAUCACAGGCAUUUAAGCAUAUAAUAUCUUUAAAAAAGCUUUCGAGUUUUUUUUUUUUCCUUGCUGGAUUUUGGACUUCUCAAUAUGUGAUAGAAAACAGUUUUCUACCCUGUAGCAGCACUCCUUUUCCAGAAGACUCGGCCAAGAAUAGGACUCUCUUGUGCUUAGAAAUGUAUAAACACGUAAGAUAGUUCUUUGCUCUUAGCUAAGCUUGAAGACUAGUGCCAAGCACAGUGGUGAGUUUGAUGUGGGAGAUGGUAUGUAGGGGCAUGAAAUUCAAACAAGCCACAAAAUACCCACUUGAUGGAAAAAGCUUCUAAGCCCUGCUGAACUGGGAUGGAUUCAAUCUACAGUUCAAGGAAAAGAUUCUGAUACUCAUUAGCAGUGGCCCGAGACACUCAUAUUCCCGCUGGAGUUACACACCUUCUAUACAGGCUUGUGGCAUGUAUGUUAAAUAAAUCAAGUUCUUUUGUGUUAGAGGACAAUGACAGCAUGUCUACUCUGGUCAGAAAUGCAGACUAGCUGUUACAAUGUGUUAUACUUCCAUACAGCUUUCAGUUACCUAAAAUUGGAUUAUCUGGAUGGAACAUUACUUCUGUGAUGUAUUUAGACACAACUUUGGCAUGGUUAUUUGUUGAGUCACAGUGCAGCCUCAUUUUGUCUUUGGAAAUAGUUCAUAUGCUUUCUUGUAGGGCAGAGCUAUAAAAUUUAUAUUCUGCCAGAUUUAAGUUGGCUACUUGAAGAGGUAGCAAAAAUACCUCUGCACUGUAUAUAUGCUUGGCAAAGAGACUGCUGAAAUGUACGACAGAAGCAGGGACUAGUACUGUACUGGAAUUAAAAAGUUCAUGACAAUCCACUUAGAGAGUCAUUGCGAUCUGUAUUCUGUGCUCCCAACCAUUUUUCCCCCUAAUACCGUGGUUUUGGUUUGGGUUGGUCCCUUAGCCAUGUUGUCUCAACUUCCCAGGAUAGUGGAAAGCCACUGUCUUAGAAUCACACCAUCUUGAAUUUAAAAUAUUUUAAAGAAGUAACUUUCUUUAGUGUGUACUACAGAUAAGACUAAAACUAAUAUUAGUGUCAACAUUCAGAUCUGCAUUCCUUGCUCUCUAAGUCUUGUAUGCACACAGACAUGUUAAUAGAAUUUAUGGAAUGUCCACUUAACAUUUCAUUUCAUUACCUGCUCUGUGGGCUUUGAUUAACAGUCUGUAAUAACAGCAUUAAGCAGUUGUAGAUUGGGAAGUAUAAUGCUAGACCCUUGAAGCAGGGUGCAAAGAGAUGUUAUAUAUCGUUAUAUAUAUUUCUGAGCCACUAGUGAUAUACAAAGUACCAAACUCGUUUCUCUUAGCUUCAAUAUCAUCCAAUAGAAAUUUAAAGUUUAGCUAACCUUAUUUUGCAGAAUUACAAGAUUUUGUCUUUUAUAUGUGAUCUAGAAGGAGACAGAGGGGCAAAUUAUGCUAAUUUUGACCACUGGAGUUUUAAACUUUGCUUUUUUGCUUGAAAAGUUAUUUCUCUUGCACUGAAAAACAGGAAUGCAGUCUUAAGUAUACUGUUUAUAUCUUUACAGGCUUUUGUGCCUUUUCAGAAUUUGUUGGGGUUCUAUUUUUUUUUUUUUAAUUGCAGAAGAUUUUGUUAUGUUCACAGGUUCAGAAUAGGAGCAUUUGAAUUUUAUUUGACAAGUUUUUCUCUUGACAGAGGGUCACUUUGUAGCUUGUCCUUCUCUAGAAGACUCUAGAAGCAAAAAAGCUAGUAACUAUGAUGGUUUGCUGAGUCUCUGUGAAUUUGUGCAAACAGAGAAAACCGUUCUGAAACAAGUUAGAUACUUUAAGAAAGAACUAUAAGAAAGAUGAACUCUUGUCCGAAGUUGGCUUGUGAUGGCUGUUUGAAGUCCCCGGUCUUGAUUUCUACCCACCCGUACUUCAUCUACUUCCAGUUUCAUGGGUUCUUGACUGUUUCUUUUACUCAUUCCUUCAUCAUGAUUCCUACAGGGGGAGCAUCAUACCAUCCUUCCAUUUCUUAUUUCAUGAGCCAGUGAGCAUGUUUAAAAUGUUGCUUAACUUUUCCUCUGGUUUAAUAUAUCUUGUGCAAGAUAUUUCUCAUGCUCAUUUGUUCCUUAGGUUUCAGCAAGGCAGCUGUAAGAGGUUACCUUCAUUUUCAAGGAAAAAUUCAUACUGUAAGGACAAGUCUUUAGCAGAGAGGUUUCUUUGUAGCCCAGAAACCUUAGUCCAUCGUUCAGUUCCUGGAACUAUAAAGGGUCUAGUCUCUCACGUUUUCAUACCAGCAUUAAGAAAAUAAUCCGUGACCCUGAAGACUUGAGCCAGAGGCAUCUAGUAAUCACUGAAGUACAAUGUUCCUGAGCUGUGUGUUUAGAAUUUAAGUGGACUGAGUAAAAAAUUGCAUCUGCUCAGGAAAUGGUAAAUCACAAUCAGAUGUUUUAAGUAGGCAUUACAGCCUAGUUUCUCUAGUUUUGCAGGCUCUAGGAAGACAAUUUCUGAGCAGUUGUUGUGUCAUGUUUUUAGCACCUUGACCUAAGUAGUUUUGUUUGAUUUCUAAUUUUAAUCAAACUAGGCAUGUAACCAUGAUUCUGAUUUUAAUUGGCUUCACUUUCAUAGUAGAGAUCUUUCUUCCUCACCUUCCAUUGUCCUAAAUAAAAAAUGAAAUGUGUUUCAAGGUUUCAGAAAAGCUCAUUCUUAUGAAGGCAGUCCUUCAGUUUAUCAGGCAUUAGAUAUUUUAGUUUAAGCAGGAGGGGUCAGAGUUAAGACCUAUCAAAUUGUCUUCUCAGUGAUUGCAUUUGUGGUGAUUUAAAAUAUGCAUUUUGUACAGUCUUCGUUUUUUCCAAAGCAAGAGUUUAUAUUUGUAUGAGGUUUUCUGUUUGAUAGUCUUAGAAUCAUAGAACAGCCCAGAUUGGAAAUGACCUCAAAAGAGUAUCUAGUCCAAUCUUUCAUGGGUAGGGAAGCCUGGUUGAGGUUAUCUGGCACCCUGUCCAAUUGCAAUAUGAAAAUGUCCAGAGAUGACGACUCUGCCGGGUCCCUGCAUUCCAGUAAUUGAUUGUUCUCACUCUAAAAAAUAGUUUUCUUACGUCAAGAUGAAACUUCUUGGUGCAGCUUUUAUCUAUUGCCUCUCAGGCUCUCCAUGUGGCUCCUUAUGAAGAGAGAGCCUCUGGCAUUUUUGUAGCCACCCUUUAAGACUUUGUCAUCCUUUAUUAAGAGGGAGAAAGAGUAAUCAUUAGUUAAAAUUCUGAUUUCUCUUAUGAGCUCAUACACUGAUAUCUGUAGUAUCUAAAAAAACUAGAUGACGUUUUCAUUAAUGGUUUUUCUUUUUUCGUGAACUCACACUUUUCUGUUUUUCCAAGAAUCUCUUAGCCAGAAGUGAUAGAUGUGCAUUACAUUUCACUUCAGCUGAUGGAAAAAUACAGAUUUUCCGUAUGAAAGAAGUCGUCAAGCCAUUUUCACUAUAUACUAUCCUCAGCAGGAAAAAAGUCAAUUUUUUAUCUUAUCUGGUCAUCUAGCUCAUCUUCUCUCUUUUUCCUCAGUGCUCUUUUAAGAGUUCUGUCAUAUCUAUAAGAUGCAAUCCAAACGACUAAAACCUAAUUUCAGAAGGCCUGAUGUCUUGGAUAUAGGUCUCUGCGUAAGAAAUGCAGGUACCUAGAGGGAAAAUACAGCAAUCUGAGAAGAAGUUGUUGCUUUGUUUUGGAUGUUGGUGUAGAGCUCAUCUCUUUGACAUGUCAUUGAUCUUCAUAAUUGGACAUGCAGCAAUGUGUAUGUCAGUUGUGUAUGAAGUUACAAGCAACUGUUAGCAUAGAAUCAAGUGCAUCAUGAUCUUUCUGUGUUUGUGGAGGUCCUGAAACAUAAAACAGAUGUUUACCUUUUCAAAAUACCUGCUACCUGCUUUGACUAUAAUUCUGUGGUUGCCUAAUUUGGCAUAUUUGCAGUAAUCCAUGAAGAUGAUAGUACUUAUGAAAACUGCUGCUGCAGCUGUGUCUUAUUUUACAAUCAAACCUACCUGCAAACCAAGGUGGUUUAACUGGGUAUGAGAGUAUACCUGCUUGAUCCUCUAGGACAAAAGGGAAUUAAGAGACAAAAGCUAGAACUCACUUCCAGUUAGGUUCAUAAGAAAUGGAAUGUUAAUACAAUAAAUGAGGCAGUCUCCAGAACAGUGCAGUAGAAGGCCUGGAUAGGAAAAUGACCAGAAUAUGCUGUAAUCUCCAUCCACUGUAUGUGCUUUCUGGUAAGCUGGAGGCUGAUGUGCUCUAGUUACUGGACAAUGCUGUGAAUAAUCCAGAAACUCAAAAGCAGGCAAGAAUGGAAGAAAAACCAGUUGACUUCCUUCUGUGUAUUUACUGUAGUUUUGCAUGGUUUUUAGGGAAGAUAAAGGAAUAUAAAUUACAUUUUUAAUGAGAUAGAAGACUUAAGACAGUCACCGUUUUUUAGUUUCACAGUCUUGUCCUCAUGCUCUAAGAGCUGAUAGACCCAAAAGACUAUUGUCUUUUUAUUUAGGGAACUAUUUUGGUUGGAAAGUGAGAGAUGUAAUAGCAGGCAGUGACCUCAUGAUCUUACUACAUCAUUAAUCAAUAUUCUAAAAUCAGUGUUACAACAGCUGUAGUAAAUAGGAAUCACUUGGGUGCAGUGAACAGUUGGCCACAGUCCAAGCAUUGCUUUUUCUAUCCAGGAGUUCUGUUCUAGCCAACUAACAGCUCAUCUGAGGACACGGCUGUGUGCAGCUCAUGGUCCAGGGAUAAGUGUCUUGCAUAAAGGCAAUCUGCAGUUUGGCUGGUUGGAUUUGGGUUUUUUUAUUAUUAUUUAUUAAGAAAUGCAAACAAAAAGCCCCAAAGAAUCAAAUCACAAACCUAACUGUAGAUCAUACUAGGUCACUUAAACAGCUGGCUUUUCUUUGACGAUAAGACCACCUUUGGCUUUUUGCUUUGAUGUGAUACAUUGCAUUACAGCAACAAAUGCUUGGUUGUUUUAUAAUAAGCUGUAAAUCCAUUGGUGAAGUUAAUCCAGUCUCUAAUCAGGAAGUGAUUGCCUACAUCACACCAUUUCUGUGGUAUCAAAUAGGAAAUAAAAGAUUGUUCAUGACUUGGACAGUAUUUUGCAUGGAUGUUAGCAUUUGUAUUUAAGAACCUUUUAUUACUCCUUUUUUUAAUAGGAGAUGUAUGAUGAACAGAAAUAAUUUAAUGAAUUGUAAUGGACAGUAAGCAUUGUUAGGACUUUUUUAUUUUCAGGGUGCAUGUGUGGUUUUUGACACGUAGCAGGAACCACAGUAUGCAUUACUACAAAACUGAGGAGUCAGGUUUUUAUGUGAUUUUGCAUUUCUAGAUUGGCUGUGAAACUCAAAUACUUCAGUGAAGUUGAUUGAAAAAAUCUAGUUUGUGAUAAUUUGUAAAUGGCCUGGUAGUGCCACCACUGAAAUGCCAAUGAUGAUAGUGCCGAGCAUUUAAUUGAUCAAGCAUUGUUCUUCCUCUGCAGAAGCUUCAGUAUGAGGCGGGGUGGAUGGCGGAAACGAGCUGCCGAUGGCGAUGGAUGGGGAAUAUGGGGUGGAUACAUGUCAGCAAAAGUUAAAAAAUUGGAGGAUCAGUUCCGGUCAGAUUCAGCCAUACAGCAACAGAGGGAUGGAAAUUCAUCAAGUAUCUUCAGUGGAGUCGCCAUCUACGUCAAUGGCUUGACAGAUCCCUCAGCUGAUGAAUUAAGACGGCUGAUGAUGUUACAUGGAGGCCAAUACCAUGUGUACUAUUCCAGAUCAAAAACAACUCAUAUUAUUGCCACCAAUCUUCCAAAUGCCAAAAUAAAAGAAUUGAAAGGUGAAAAAGUAGUUCGGCCAGAGUGGAUCGUGGAAAGCAUUAAAGCUGGACGUCUCCUUUCGCACAUUCCAUAUCAGCUUUAUACCAAGCAGUCAAGUGUUCAGAAAGGUCUCAACUUUAAAAGCAUAUGCAAACCUGAAGAUGCCAUGCCAGGUCCAAGCAAUAUAGCUAAAGAUCUCAACAGGGUAAAUCAUAUUAAAAAGUAUGAAAUGGAAAAUGAAAUCACACCCAAUGGAAUAAGCAGCUGGAAUGAUGCAGAGGAAGAAGCAAGUGACGAUUUUGGAUUUACAGAGCUGGAGGAGAUUCUUCCCAUACGGAAACAAAAUGGGAUUCAAUCUCAUAAAGACAGCACUGCCCUUUUUAAUGGACACACACACACUUCUACCAGUGCCUUAAAGACGCAGGAAUGCUUGGUGCCCUCCGGCAACGGUGUUGCAAGCAGGUUGUCUCCAGGCCCUGUGCAGGAGGAGGGGAAGACUGACAAAGGCAUGGUUGACUUUAGAGACUGCACAAUGCAGCAGUUGCAGCAAAGCAACAAAAAUACAGACUUUUUGUGGAGUCCACACAGGACUAUGAGUAACUCAUCCUCAUCUUCAUUUUUGCACAGUAAUGCUAAAAUAAAUGGUGCUCACCACUCAACUGUUCAGGGGCCUUCAAGCACAAAAAGCACUUCUGUACCUGCUCCUAGCAAGGCAGCUUCCUUACCUGUGUCCAAACCUUCAGAUUGUAGUUUUAUUUCUGACUUUUAUUCGCGUUCAAGACUGCAUCAUAUAUCAACAUGGAAGUGUGAAUUGACAGAGUUUGUCAACAGCCUGCAGAGAAAAAACAGCGGUGUCUUUCCAGGAAGGGAAAAAUUUAAAAAAUGGAAAACAGGCAGGUCUGCACUUAAAACUGACACAGGUAAUGUGUCUGUUGCGAGCUCAGCCAAGCCACAGAGCUGUAUAAUGCACGUGGAUAUGGAUUGCUUCUUUGUGUCUGUGGCUAUCCGAAAUAGACCAGAUCUCAAAGGAAAGCCAGUAGCUGUUACUAGUAACAGAGGUACAGGAAAGGCACUGCUGCGCCCUGGUGCAAACCCCCAGCUUGAACAGCAAUAUUACCAGAAAAAGCUAUUGAAUGGCAAAGCAGCAGAAAUUAAAGUACCUGAUCAGUUGGACUCCUCAGUCUGGGAACAUCCGGAUUCCACACAUGUGAAUGGAGCUGAUCUCACUGUUCUGUCCAUGGCUGAAAUAGCUUCUUGUAGUUAUGAAGCCAGACAAGUUGGCAUAAAGAAUGGAAUGUUUUUCGGCCAAGCAAAAAAGUUGUGUCCAAAUCUUCAAGCAGUUUCAUAUGAUUUUGAUGCAUACAAAGAAGUUGCACGGACAGUAUAUGAAAUACUAGCAAGCUAUACUCAUAACAUUGAAGCAGUGAGUUGUGAUGAAGCACUAGUAGAUAUCACUGAAAUCCUCACAGAGACCAGACUGACUCCUGAUGAAUUUGCAAAUGCUAUCCGCACUGAAAUCAAAGACCAAACUAAAUGCACAGCCUCUGUUGGGAUGGGUUCCAAUAUUCUGCUGGCCAGAAUGGCAACUCGUAAAGCAAAACCAGAUGGACAGUAUCACUUAAAACCUGAAGAAGUGGAUGAUUUUAUCAGAGGACAGCUUGUUACCAGUCUUCCAGGAGUUGGCAGGACAAUGGAAUCUAAACUGGCUUCUUUGGGAAUUAAAACCUGUGGAGAUCUGCAGUGUGCUUCAAUGUCAAAACUACAAAAAGAAUUUGGUCCAAAAACCGGACAAAUGCUCUACAGAUUUUGUCGUGGUUUGGAUGACCGACCUGUUCGUACAGAAAAAGAAAGAAAAUCUGUUUCAGCAGAAAUCAACUAUGGAAUAAGGUUUACACAGCCUAAGGAAGCAGAAGCUUUCCUUCUGAGCCUCUCAGAAGAAAUCCAGCGUAGACUUGAAGCUGCUGGUAUGAAGGGUAAACGAUUGACCCUUAAAAUUAUGGUCAGAAAGGCUGGAGCACCAGUAGAGCCUGCAAAAUACGGAGGCCAUGGAAUCUGUGAUAAUAUUGCCAGGACUGUGACUCUAGACCAUGCAACAGACAGUGCAAAAGUAAUUGGGAAGGAAACUCUGAACAUGUUUCACACAAUGAAACUGAACAUAUCCGAUAUGCGAGGGGUUGGAAUUCAAGUACAGCAGCUAGUUCCCAUCAGUAAAACAACUUCAGCUCUCUCAACAGUACAAUCUGGACAUUUACCUGGUGGAUCACAUUCAGUUAUUGAUCUUUUUCAUGUUCAGAAAGCAAAAAAGCACUCAGAAGAAGAGCAUAAUGAAGUAUUUGUGGCUGCUAUGGACCUUGAAAUAUCUUCUAAUUCAAGAACUUGCACUUUCCUUCCAUCUCGUGGUACCAAUGUCACACCUGGUCUCAAUUCUAAUGCCAACAACACUGAGUCUGCUGUCAAGUGGAAUGGUGUGCAUUCUCCUAUCAGUGUAAAGUCCAGGCUCAACUUAAGUAUUGAGGUUCCAUCUGCUUCCCAGCUAGAUAAGUCUGUGCUGGAAGCUCUGCCACCUGAUCUGCGAGAACAAGUAGAGCAAAUAUGCACCAUUCAGCAAGGAGAGAGUUACGGAGAGAGCAAAAAAGAGCCAAUAAAUGGAUGUAACACUGCACUUCUGUCACAACCAGUUGGAACAGUGCUUUUACAAAUACCAGAGCUCCAAGAACCAAAUACCAAUAUGGGAAUCAAUGUAAUAGCCUUGCCGGCUUUCUCACAGGUGGACCCCGAGGUUUUUGCUGCACUACCUGCUGAGUUGCAAGCAGAGCUGAGAGAUGCAUAUGAUCAAAGGCAGAAGCAAUUAGAGCAGCAGCCUGUUAACACUUUAGUGUCAAAAAAUCCUUGCCUACACCUGAAGCAUACAACUAUAAAAAAUAAGAAGAAAAUACGGAAAAAAAAUACAGUCAGUCCUGUGAAAAAGAUUCAGAGUCCUUUGAAAAACAAACUUAUUGGUAGUCCUGCAAAAAACAUGCCAGCUACAUCUGGAAGCCCACAGAAGCUAAUAGAUGGCUUCUUGAAACAAGAAGGAACAGCUGCUCAGGCAGAAGCAGUUCCAUCAACUUCGGAUUCUUCAGGCCCAUCAGCUCUGCAGAUGGAGCAGCAGCCAGGCUUGUUCAGGCCACAAGCCCCAAACCUCGCUGGAGCUGUGGAAUUCAACGAUGUGAAGACGUUGUUAAAAGAGUGGAUCACAACUAUCUCAGAUCCUAUGGAAGAAGACAUUCUACAGGUUGUGAAAUAUUGUACUGAUCUCAUAGAAGAAAAAGACCUGGAAAAGUUAGAUCUGGUUGUUAAGUACAUGAAAAGGUUAAUGCAGUCAUCUGUGGAAUCAGUUUGGAAUAUGGCAUUUGACUUCAUUCUUGACAAUGUUCAGAUUCAAGCCAGGGUGGCCCAGCUGAAGUACACAGGACGGCAGCUGAAACCUGGGUGCUGCCUGACCUUGGCAUCUCAUCACCUCUUACUGCUUCUGGAGGAAGGCAAGUCACCCCAAAGUAGCACUGUAAAGAAGGGGGGAGUAGCCACCACGGAGCGUCGGUCAAGCCUGCAUCCAUCUCUGCAUUGCUCCUACUGCUGAUGGAGCCACGUGUAAAACACCACUGUUCUGCCCAGCAUUUCCUUCGUGCAGCCUAACAAAAUAGGUUGUAGGGAGUAGCAGAGACAAAAUAAACCAUCCCACUGCUGUGUCCCUGCUUGGGGGGUGUGCUUGCAUCCCUGCACUUCAUGUGUCAGGUAAGUUUGCUUUUUGCAGGUGUGCAGCAGCCUCGCACAGUUGUUCAAAAUAUUGGGCCAAGUACAAGAAUGGAGAACACUCGACAAAAACCAAGUUGGUAAGAAAAAUCUUUUCUGAAGAAAUGAUGGGGGGAGGUGAGAAUUAUCCCACAUUAAUGGUGGGCUUAGAACUGAGAGCAGGAAUGCAAGCUGGAGCUAACCCUGGAGCAGUAUUUGCACCACUAGCUUAAACAGAAGCACCUUGCCUAGCACAGGGCAGGAGCUGCUGCAUGAGAGCAGCUAGCAGUACAGCUGGGGCAGAGAACACUGCUUACAGCAGUGGCAGCAGGGUUUUAGCUUCAGACUGUGACCUUGACUUUCUCAUACCAGACACUGGGAGAGGUACCAACCUCUACAGCCAGGCGACAGAUGAGGGAAGGGCAGGAAAUGUCACUUCCCUUGACUUCAGUAAGGCUUAUUAUUAAAUCUCCUGUCAUCCUUGAGGACAAGCUAAUAAAGUUUAUUGAAACCUGGGCAGGCAGGCUCUGAGUGUGGUGGUCAGUGGUAUAAAGUCCUGUUAGGGGCCAGGCCUAAGUGGCCCCUAGAACCAGUACCAGGUCCAGUGCUAUACAUCACCUUUGUAAAGGAUAUGGGUGACAGGGUGGUGCAGUGUGAGCACGUUUGUGAUGACAGAGGCUGAGGGGUGCUGCUCCCAGCGAUCCAGCAGGUUCUGGGAACCUCGUGAAGUUCAGCACAGAGGUGCCAGGUUCUGCUCCCAGGGAGGGACCAGCUCUCAGUAAGGCCUGGGGGCUGCUUGGCACAGCACAGGCAGCUGCCAACCUGCACAAGGAAGAUUCCCCAGGAUCAAGGCAGGAGCUUGUUCCCCCUGCUUAGCACUGGUGAGAGGCACCUGCAGUGCUGGGCCCCUCAGUAGAAGAGAGACAGAGUGACUCUCAAACACAGCCCCAGUGCUGCCCAAAGAGAGUAAUGGCGCUUCUCCCACAGCACAAGGCGGGCUGAGACAACGGGGACUGUGACAAGGCUGAGGGUGUCUGAUCCAUGUGAAUAAACACCUGAUGGGGAUCCUGCACUUACAUCCAGUCAUUGAUUGGUGUCUAGAGAGAGAUGGACAUGGUCUGAAUCAAGAUAUCUUAAGAUGCCAUUAGUUUAUUUUGGAGCCCCUUCAGUUCCCACUUUUGAAGCUGCCUUUUCUCUUCACCUUGGUUUAGAAAAACCAGCACAUCAACUGCUCACAUCAAGGCGGGUAUUGCUGAAACUCAAGCAGGUAUUUUACCAGUCAGGUUUCAGGUACAGCCCUGUUUUUGGAACUGGUGCUCAGACAGGGGUAAAAUCGGCAUCUUUAAAAGGACUCAGCGUUCAUUAACGAUCAAGCUAUUUUAAGUUCCACAACGAGCCUGCCUGGUUCCUGG